GAUCGAUUAUAGUCGCCGUGAUCAUAGGAAUAGAUUGUUUGGCGCAGGACUUGAGCAUCCGUCGCCAAUUCUUCGUCAAUAAAACUCCCUGUAUGUCACCUCCGUAUUUUUAUCCUUUUUCCACAAUUUUUAUUUCUAUUCAAAAUCAAAGGUUUAUUGCCCCCGUAAUAUCUCCCAAAGAAUAUUUAUUCCCCUCUUCACUUUCACAGUAUUUGCAUCUUUAUCGUUUUGUAACAUCACCUGCAGAUUUUGUAAACUAAAGAUUUAUUGAUUGUUUUAUGGUACAAAACGCGACGCGCAAUUCCAGUAAAUGCGGUUAGCGUUUCCUCAUUCUUUCCUCCAGCCAUCACCACACCACCAGGUGGCUCGAACUCCACUCUCUCGAAAAAUGUCUCCAAAUUGCGAAACUCCUACUUCUUCUUUGUCAACGUCUCUUCGAUUUGUACCGUCUCUCGCAUGUAUUGCUGAAGAAGAGCCAAAAGUAAUCGGAAUCCGAAAAAUAACCGUUCCCGGAUCUUCGAAACCGUUCCAAGUGCAAAUACCACUCUACGAUUUGAAUAUAUAUGCCCCUGAACCACCGAAACAGCCACUUCCGGACAGUUACCAACGAUUGCUUGCAGAAAUGGAUCAAUAUAUCGGAGGUCAUCAGAAUUCGGAGAUGUAUAAAGAAAUGGCCAAAAAUCUACGACACAAAGUUGCAGUGGAACAAGCAGAAAAUAAUCGACUUUCGAAAUCAAACUUCACAAAUCGAGAUUGGUACUGGUAUGCUGAACAAACGAGAGCCUUUGUAGAUGAGCCUGUGAUCAAUUCUACCAGCAAAACUCAAGAAUCCAACAUUUCUGAGUGCUUGGAAGAAACCUCAUCUUCUGCAAAAAGUACAGUCAUGAAGGAUGAAGAUUUGUUUGAUUUAAGCGCCGACUUCUGAGAAUCCUACCAUCCGCAUCAUAAUUUAUCGUAUAGUUCUGUCAUAAUAACUCACAUUGAUCUCAAUCUUUUUCGGUCUCCAUUUUCUGGGCUUAUCUUUGAUGAUAAAUAAAAUAUUUGUAUU